AUGGCGCCUUCACUCAACACACAUUCUUCCUUUACGCGCCCGCGCACUAGCGAACGUGAUGCUCGACCCAGCACACGCGAUCAGGGCGACACCAACUUGAUAAUACCCAGUAGGACGUCCUCUCUUCACUCUCGUAUCACGCAACCGAUUCCUUCUACUCUCAAUGGAAAGCCCCAGCAACGAACCCCGAAGACUUUGACCCAUGCCUACAUGGUCUGCGGUGUUGGGAGAGAGCCUUCCCAAUGGGUGAAGGCUCCCGCACCAGCUCAGGGCAAAAUUGGCCACAUGAAGGGAGCAGUUGGACAGUUCUGGUUACCAGAAAUCUUAGGAAGCAGCCCUCGUCUUGAACAAGACAAUGAAGUUGCGCGAGCUUUACAUGCCGCCAUGAGAGCUUGUUUUCCUCACGAUGUCGAGAUCUGUACUGGCCGCAGCCAACCACACUGCGUUCAUCAUGCAUUUGUCCUUCAACAAGAUUCAUCUCACACCCUCUACGGUAUCUGCUUACGAGUCUGGUCGAGGGCUGAUGAGAAGCGGGCGGACACUAUUAGGGACUUGAGGAAGCGUACCGAGACGGAUUAUUACGACAGCCCCGAUGAGACUUACUGGAUUCCUUACUGCUUGUCAUUCCUUUCACGAUACCCCCUAUAUAACCUUCUAGGUGAUUACUUGCGAGGAAUGUGGAUUCACUGGAAUAAGGCUACAAACCUCUUCCAUGCUGAGGAGGUCUCGCGCAUUCUAAGUUUCCCUGCGCCGAGGCUGAACGAUUUGGUCCGGAUAGAUAUGAAGGACUACGCCCUCUGCUACCAGUUCCCUUCCUCACCGACAGGAUUCCAGAACUUCGCCAUGUGGCCGCUGUGGACUUGCCUUUCGAUUCCAAACAUCGUGGGUGUCAUCGAGGCCGCAAUAUCACCUACUAGGCGUAUAAUAUUUGUGAGCCACUACCCCGCGAUGUUGACUAUGGCCGCCGAGACCGUUCGCUUCUGUGUUAGAGUCUACGAAUGGAGUGGUCUGUACGUGCCAGUUGUGCACGCUCGUCACGCCAAGGAGCUGGUGGAGGAGCCAGGUCCGUACAUACUCGGUAUCACGGCGGAGUGUCGAUCUUUGUUCACUGCUCCGAAUGACGCUUUGGUCGUGGAUUUGGAUCGCAAUUUCGUACUUACCUCCAACCCGCCAACCACUUUGAACGCAAGCCAGCGCAACAAGUUCGUUACUCGACUAACUCAGGCAUUAAAUGGUGAUGUCACGCCAUCUGGUGUUCCACAGCAUCUGCGCUCUGCCUAUGGCGGUGGUAAGCUAGUGCCUGCGGGUCAAAUUAUCGUCAUGCGUGGGGAAGUAGAGUCUAUUCAGGACCCUGAAUGGUGGAACCAGGACGCUGUCAUGGCAGUGAUGGACCAUGUCUGUGAGAAGCUGGGUCGUAACACCGGUCUCAAGGCCGUUUUUGGAGGUUCCGUUAAAAAGCCACUGAUGACGAAGGUUUCGAUGAGACAUCUUAACGAGAUUGUCCGAGAGCGCAAUCAAUAUUCCCGUGAUGCUCUAGAGGCGUGGCAAGAUUUCAUUAACCUCAAAGGUCGCAUGGACACCGAGCUUAACAAAGUUACGAAGCGAAACAACUACCUCGUGGAAGAGCUGGAGAGCUGGAAACAGCAGUUCCUCAAAUUCCAAGCGUUCGCUGAGCAACUCACGAAGGAGACCCAGGAUCUCAAGGUUAAGAUCGAGACCCACAAGAGGGAAAAUCGACGACUCGCCGGUCUCAUUGAUCAACAGAAGGAUGAUAACGCUCGUCUGUCUGUGCGUCUUACUGGUACCGAGAAGCAGAGAGACGAUGCUCUUGAAGCUCUUGUCCUGCAACAGGAGAUUGCCGAAGAGCUUGAGCGGGAACGUAAGAGAAACAAGAAGGAACUUGCGGCGCUCCAGCACACCAACGUUACCAUUGUCCGACAACGUGAUGAGGCCCGCCGCGUUGUCCUUCAUCUGCGUAGCUUGAUUGGUGGUCAGUCGCACCAUAUGGAACAUCUGGUCCAGUCCCUGACUACGCGGGACGACUUGGCCAGUGAGAUAGAGGAAGGCUUCGAUGAAGAAGAUGAAGCGGAGACAAACGAUGACCGCCUAUUGAAACAUGCUAGCCGAGCAAGCAAGCGUGUUUCUACUGCCAGCUUCAGCGAUGUGGCCGACCGCCAUCUUAAGGAUAAGACCGACGCUAUCUCCCAUAUCAUUAGGAACAUUGCCGAGCAAUGCCAAGCUGCUGUUGAAGGCCUGCAGCUCGCUCAAGACGCCGAGAUUGAGUCAUCCAGAUCGCCCCGUCGGGCAAGCAACCUCUCUACGGUCUCCAGCAACGACGGCCACUCGGCCGCCACUUCCGAGGUUGGCGAUGACAGUCUUUUGCACCCCUCCGGACGUGCUUCCUCUAUCCCUCCCACUCCGGAUCUAAUUCCCAACCGAAGCAGCACGUCGAUGUCAAUGGCGUCGACCAUGACUACCCCUGAGCGGGCAAGCCAGCAAUACAGCAUCCACAACGACAUUCCUACUAAGAUUGUCGAAGACGACGAGGAUGACCUAGCCGAGCGUAGCGAGAACGAGGCUAUAUCCCAAGAGCAGGCUAUCGUUGGUAAACAUGCCGAGAGCCUGAUCCACCGCCCAUCCGGUGCUAGAAUCAGCGCUCUGGGUGGCACUCGCUAA